AACCCUUUGCUGACUCCCCCGCUGAGGCUGCCAUUGAUCCAACCGCUGAACCCUUUGCUGACUCCCCCGCUGAGGCUGCCACUGAUCCAACCACUGACCCCCUCUCCGAACCCUUCACCGAACCCGCUCAUCCACCCGCAGAACCAACCACCGAGCCCCCGGACCCGCCUUUGCCCUGCUCCGCUGCCGCUUCCCCCAUCGCCAUCCCCGAGCCAGCCAUGCCCACCGGGGACACCGAGGGCCACCCCGGGCAGGUGGCCACGUGCCCUCCCUUCCGCGCCCGGCAGGACGAGGCGUCCCUCACGCUGCUCCUGCUGGUGCCCGGCAUCCAGCCGCAGAGCUUCCGUGGGGACGUGGGCAGCCAGCACUACAGCCUGCGCUUCCGCACCGCCACCGCCGCCUUCGCGCUGUUCCUGCGGGUCCCUGCCGCGGCAUCGCUGCUGUCCCCCGAGAGCAGCGUCAGCGUCUCUGCCCACAACGCCGUGGUGCGGCUCGCCAAGGGCCCCGGCAGCACCGGCCUCUGGGACAGCUUCAGCUUCGGCCUGGAGCCCUCUGCCCUGCAGGAAAGAUUGUUUGUCAGUGAGGAGAACAUUGAUGGAUUUCUAGGCACUGCUUUCUGCCCUUCCCCUUGCUCCCAAUCAGCACUGGAAAGCCAGCCAUUAAUUGAAGUGCUGGAUGUUACUGAGGACAGAAUUCAAAUCAGGGUGGAGCCAGCAGAACGUGAUGGAGAAGGAACACUUGGCAGCUCAGGGGGAGCCCUUGCUGGACAGACCGACAGCAACUACCCCGAAACAAAGGCAGAAACAAAGUGUCCUGCAGCUGAGGGACGUGCCGAGGGAUCCGGCCCAGCUCCCACAGCUGGAACAAUGGGAAAAGCAGCCUGUGCUUCGCACCAUUGUUUGCAGCAUGAACCUCCUGCCGCCAGUUCAGCGACUGCUGGCGGAUCCGCGAGAAAGGAGCCCGAUUUAGAAAGUGCUGCUGCAGCAGGAGACGCAGCCCCGGCGCCAGGCUCUGGGAAACGAGAACUGCCGGGGGGUGAGGAUGGGGAGGCGCCCCCGGGGAUGGGCAGCAGGGCGGGGUCCCCAGUCCUGCGGGAGGUGAACCCCGAGGACGGCAGCGAGCGGAUCCUCCGCGACCACCGAGCGCGCUGCCCCGUCCUGUUCCACAACUCUCUGCUCUACCAGCUGGAUUAGUUGCAUUGUUUUAGGAUUUCCUUCUGUUGUUUGAUGCUUGCUCUGAUUUCCAUGUGCUGGGUUCCCUCUGAAACUGGUGCAACACCAAAACUUCCCGUUGUUAGCAGUUUAACAAUUCCCUAAUCGCGUCUACGGCAAUGAUUUUACUUACAGGGAAAGUUGCAGUUGGAGGUGACUCUGAGCUCCUGGAAAAAAAAUGUAUCUUUAUUGUUUACAUAAAUUUUUUAUUCUCUUCCCACGUUUCAGGGAUUAUUUGUAUAUAUCCUCAGUCUAAUGGCUCCCUCGGGAAUUGAGCAGUAGUCAUCAUUUUCCAAACCUUUCAUUUUGUGAUAACUGCAGGAUUAGACUCGCAGUGAUUCUUAGCAAUCAAAUGAAAUUUCUAAUUACCCAGAGAAGUUCUAAUUAGUCUCCUAGAAAUAAUCAACAUUUAUACCCUGUAUUCCAUCCUAGUGUUGUGCUUCAGAUCUGCAGCACCCAGAUAUCCCCAGCUGAACAAAUUCCAUUGCACAAGAACAUCCUCUGGGUGCAUGUCUGCUCUGAAGUAUUUACAGCUGGUGAAAUGGACUCUCUUUAUCCAGAUUAGAUUUAUUUUUCUCAGUUUCCCUCGAGUUUCAGCUUUUCUCACCUCCCUAAACCACAAUAACCAAGAGAACAUAUCUAAUAAUAAACUUCCUGUUCCCCUUUCUCACUGCUGCUGAACCAACUUCUGUUUUUGUUUGAGAGGUGCUUUAGAGAGUUAUUUCAGGGAUGCUCUGGCAUUGCUGUCACAUUUCUCUGUGAAACACCAGUUUGGGUGUGUGGUUUCAGAGCUCAGCAGGAGCCACAGCUGCCCAAAACACCUGCCCUGCCCUCCCUGGUGGCACAUCCUGCUGGAGCUUUGCUGGGCUCAGCUUAACUCCCAUCAGCUUUUUGGGAGAGGUCUCCAAGGGUGAGGCACCAGCACAGCUUCAGCACCAGCCCCAACCCAGUGGAACAGAACACGGAGCAAUUACCAUGCAAAACUGUGGUUAAAUAACCCCUGGAAAAAGCAAAAAAAGCAGCAUUUUCUCUCUGUGACACAUUUCUGUGUUCUACAAAAGCUGCUGAGGUGCUUCUGCCACAGCAGAGUUCAAAGAGGAGUGGCAUUAAAGCUGCUGUAGCAAUCACAGAUGGCUC